UACUGGAAAUGCCAGAGCAUUACUGCUGUAACAGACUCACUCCUGGACCAGCUGGACCUGAUCCAGAUGUUCCAGGAGAAGACGGUUCUGCUGAUCUCGGGCCUCCUGUUGCUGGCGAGUCUCUAUCUGACCCUGAAGCUCGUUCAUGUAGCGAUGCUGCUGGAUCCUCGGCGCCGGAGUGAAGGGCCGUGUCGGGAAGACGAAUGAAGUCUGAACACAAGCAUCCCAGAGUAAUAAUAAGGUGUGAGUCCCCGGAGCCCCAGAGUGAUUUAUGUGAAGGCUGGUGAGAUGGUGGCGCUGUACUGCCCCCUGAAUGGAGAGGAUAAUCACUGUGAUGCUGAGCUGAUCUGGACCAGUCCCCCCAGCCAGAAAAUUGAUCAGACCCCCAACAUGUCGUCAGCUGAGCAGAGGCACAGGGACCUGCUGGUUCAUGGGAGGAGCCUGGUGAUUCUCAACGCCACUGCAAACCAUCAGGGGAAUUACUCAUGCUCUCUGGGCAAUACCAGCACCCACCUUGGGUUCAGAUUGAGAGUAUGUACAAAACAGUCCAAAGGGUGCGAGCAGAGGAGCCAUUACCCUAUGGUAUGUCACUCACAAGAGGCCUGCUCAUUGUAUUGUCCUGAUGUGAACACACCAGCUGCAACCACCCCCAACAUUACCAGCAAUGGCGUUAUAUGGUACAAGGAAGGCGAGUCAACGCCAAAAGCCAAUUACUUCUUAAGUGUUGAAGAGAAGGACCAUGGUGUCUACACCUGUACCAGAUCUUACCUGUAUUGUGGACAAAUAUAUAACAUGACCUUUACAGUGGUGCUUGAUAUCCAACCAAAGGAAAAACCUAAAAAAAAUCCAGUGAUCAUAUCGCCACAAAGUGGUGUGAUUCAUGUACAUUUGGGCUCUCCAAAGGUGAUUGAUUGUAAAGCUCUCAUGUAUUCGGACUUUGAUGAGGUGUUCUGGUUUAGCACUGAUUCAUUUGUGGAAACUAACAGCAGCUUUCCCGUUUUCUACAAUUACACAAAAGAAAAAAAUGCUGACAAGAUAAAGAUGACGGCAUCUCUAGUUUUCAAAAAGGUGUCAGAUGAGGAUCUAUUCAAAAAUUACACCUGUAAACUGCAAACUGUUACUGGACGCUCAACAUUCGUCACCAUCAGCUUGUCCCAAAAAUAUUCCCGUUCUCAUGUUCCCCUGGCUCUUAGCUUUGUCGGCUUUGGGGUGAUGAUUUUGGCAGUAGUUGUCUAUGUGAGGUUCAAAAUGAUCAGAAUGUGUAAAAAUCAGGCUUUUAGCUCAGACUAUAGGACAUAUUAAAAGUGCAAUUCAAUCAAUCAAUGUUUAUUUAUAUACUGUAGUGAUGUAACUACGAUCUCAAAAUUACUUCACUCUGUCCGUCCCCUCAGUACGCAAGGUGCUUGGGAAAAAAGCCAUAUCAUACUCUGUCCCCUCGACCUGGAACACACUUUAGCAGGAACUUAAGCUGACCAGUUUGAUACCCAUCACGGAUUUUAAACUAAUUUUAAAAAAGCUGGAGAAAUCAUCUGUGGGUGUUUGCACCUGCUAUAUCUGACUACUGUAUAUGGAUUUCAAUGGAUUUUUGUACGAUGUUGUAUUUUAGUGUUGCCUCUGUGUUUAGUGUCCUGUCUGUCUGUAACUUUGUGUGGUAGUGUUACCGCUGAACUCUACUCUCUCUCUACUCUCUCUCUCUACUAUUCUUGCAAAUUAUACCUUGUGUCUCAAGGAGAUUUUACACCUGUAUAAAUAAAGGCUAAAUAAAAAAAAAAAAUAUAUAUAUAUAGCCCAAUAUCACAAAUGUUACAUUUGUCUCAGUGGACUUCAAAGUUUGUACAGAAUAUCAGUAUGACAAUACGACACCCUCUGUCCUUAGACCCUCACAUCGUACAAGGAAGAACUUCCAAAGAAACCCUACAGUUGAAAGGGGAAAAUGGGAGAAACCUCAGGGAGAGCAACAGAGGAGGGAUCCCUCUCCCAGGAUGGAC